CACGCUUACACGCUGGCACGCUAAGAACCUACACGAGAGUAGAGAGUUCGGUCUUUACGAUUCUAUUCGAUAUUUUUCGGUUGUAAAAUCAAAAAUAAAAGAUAGCUAUAAUAAUUUGUCGCGUUCGAUCGUGUUUUGAAAUCGUUGCGUCGGUUUAUUUGAAAUAAAUUUCAACCAAAAAACCUUGUGAAUUGUUGUAGCGUCUCGUAACAAUUAAAGAGAAUCGAAAAAGAAUUUUCAGAGCACCCCUUGCAGGAAAAUACGGAAAAUGCAAAAUCGGCACCGUUGACCUCGUCGCAGUUCUUUACGUUCUUAAAUUGUUGUGCAAAAAAUUAAAAUCAAAUAAAAUAAAAUGCAAAUAAAAGAGUCGUUAUUUUUUGAAAUGCCAAAAAACGUGUUAAAGCCAUUUGCAAAUUUUUAAAAUAAGUCAAAGGUGACCAAACAAUUACCUAAUGCAAAACAACAACUAAAGCGACAAAACUAAAAGCAAUUCCAAAUUUUUCAAAUGAGAAUGUUUGGGAAUAUUCGAAUUAGCGCUAUAUGGCCAGCAAAAAGAUUUUUACUCAAACACAAUCAUUUGAUUAAUUAUCAAAUUAAUCAAGAAAAUCUAUAACGCUGAGCUAGUUUUGUUUAAAAAUUUACAAGUACAACAGAAAACUACAAAAAAUUAAGGGCAUAUAAUCGAAAAAAUAUAAUCGAAAGCGGAAAAGCUAGUAUUGUGUUGAAUGUGUAAGCAAAUAAAUGUUGAAUUGUUGCUGUUUAAAGUUAUUUAAAGUGUACAAACUUUUUUUUAAAAAGCACAAGAAUUGCAACACGCUGAUGCUGCAACACUAAACGUGAACAUUGAACAACAUUAUAAUCAUCGACAACCAACAGAAGAAACCUUGUUUGAUUCCCACAGCUGUAGAUUUUUGUGUAAACUGCUCUGACAUGACAAAGAAGUCAUUGAAGUUGAUAAAAUGCACUAUCAGCGGGGAAGACGAAGAUGAGGAUCUGCAACAGCAACGACAACAACAACAACAUUUGAAAUUGAAAAGUGUUGAACACGUCUACGAUAUGAUAACCUAAUUUCCUGCCAGCAAGCGGUGAAUUUUGAACUGGAAGAGAGACUCGUAAAACAAAAAACACAAAAAAUAUACCACAUCGAAACGAAAGUAAAACGAAUUUUUUUUAAACGGGGCGUUCAUAUGUUUCAACGACAGUUAAGGGCGUGGCGGACGCCCAACAAGAGUUACAACUGAUAAACCACUGAAGGGGCAGUGCCCAAAAAAAAAAAAAAGAAAAAGAAACAAAAAACAUAAACACAAAGCUGCAACAAGGAAAGCAGCAACAUCAACAGCAACAACAACAAUUGUAUAAGCAAUAUUAAACAACUGCAGCGACUACAACUUGAAGACUCUUGUGAAACUGCAGUUGUAAUCUUUCAUGCGAAUAAACCAGCGUUUGGAUUGGAGGGCCCUGGCGCUGCUGGGCGCCCUCCUUUCGUGUAUUAUCGCCUGGCCGAGACUGGUGUUUGCCAUGCCAGCGCUAACGACGAUGUCGAACCAAUCCAUAAACAAUACAAAUACAAAUAUUAUCAAUAGCACAUACAACAAUAACACCAACAACACCAACAACAUCAACAAUAACACCUAUUUUAGUAAUCUAAUCGAUAGUAAUAGUUCCAUACAAAGUGAUCAUAGUCGUAGUAGCCCUCGAGUGCUGAAGAAGAGGGAGAGUGAAUAUAGUGUUAAUCAAAAUCAAAGUAUUAGUGCUGAAUUUAACAUGCGAACGUUAACCACACCCACAAAUCAAUUAACUGCCAUAAAUACCACAACAACAACAACAACAACACAGAAUCCUGUUACAACUCCUGCAACAAAUGCCGAUCGGAUGGAAUCGGAUGCCUUGGGCUUUACCUUCUCAGUCGCACACCGCGAUCACUUUGCGAUCCUCUCGCGAACGGAGCGCAGCAUUCGACACCAGCAAUCGCAUCACAAGCAUCAGCAACAUCAACAGCAGCAGCAGCAGCAAUCUGCUUCUGUUAAUGGUAACAGCAAUAGCAAUAACAGCAAUUUCAUUGGUUCGAAAUCGAAAAGACUGAAUAACGUUAGAAAUAGUCUAAACAUAAAUAGCAGUAACAACCAUCCCAACAUCAUCAGCAACAAUAACAAUAACAACUACUUGGAUCGUAAUGAACGCUCUACAAUCUCCCAUCUAGCUGAACCAUCCCGCAAGAUUCAAAUUUACAUCAAGAAUCGUUUUCUGCAAAUACUGCCCGAUGGAACUGUAAACGGGACAACAUCGGAUCACAGUGACUAUGCGAUUCUGCAGCGCUCAGCUGUGGAUGUGGGACGCAUAAAGAUACAAAGUGUGGCCACUUGUUUGUAUCUCUGUAUGGAUGCCUGUGGCGUGCUCUAUGCCUGGAAAGACUUCACCGACGACUGUGUCUUCAAUGAGAACAUGGAGCUGCAGAACUACAACACCUACUCCUCCACAUACAACUCAAAUGCGAGGCGGGUCUCCUACUUGGCACUGAAUCGCCAUGGCCAACCGCGUCGCAUGCAAAUUCCGGCCUCCAGAUCGUUGGGGAAGCUAACCACAUACACGAAUGCGAUCACCGAGCCGGUGCCGCAGCUGCGUGUGGACCAGCUGAUAGCCAAGAACUUUGGGGCCAAUCGCGUCAAGCAUGGCGUGCGCCAACUCUGUGAUACCGGCAAGCCACUGAUCGACCUCAUCGACGUGGCGCACUUCAAGCCGCACCCGAAGUGUCCUGCGAAUGGCAUUAGCAGCAGCAGCAGCAGCAGCAGCAGCAGCAGUAGUAGUAGUAGCAAUAGUUCUAGCAAUAGUAGUAAUAGUAGCAGUAACGUUCCUGAGCCUGCGGCCAGUGCCAGCAGCCUGAUUAGUAUUCCAAACCGUAGUCAAAGCUUCAGCGGCCAUAUUAGCAAUAGCAGUAAUAGUAACAGUAGUAAUAACAGUAACAGUAACAGUAGCAAGAGCAGUAACCAGCAGCAGCCACACAAACAGAAACCGAAGGGAAAGAAACUGCGCAAAUGCCGGAAACACGAGAACGAGGAGACACACAAUUGCCAGAAGAGACCGGGCCCAGGUGCCAAGGCGGGUGCUCUGCGGAAGCGAGGUCCCAAAGCUCAGCGCUGCAAGGACGAAAGAGAUAGAGCGGCAGCCACGGGCGCUCCACCACCAAAGUGUGGCAAGAAACCAGGUCCUGGCGGACCUAAACGUCACGGCGGCACCUCAGCAAUUGUGCCAGGCGCAACGAAGGGGGCUCAUCAAAAGCCCAGAGGUCCGAUGAACCAGGGAGGCAAGAAGAAACAAGCAGGCAAGCAACGAUCGAAUCCCAAUGGCGGUGCCAAAAAGCAGCGUAGCCCCAAGAGGCAGUUCUGGAGUAACUCAACGACAACGACAGUCAGAACAACGACAACAUCUACAAUGGCCAGCAGCUUGGCCGUGCCUGGGAAGAACUUCUGGGAGACCAGCUCUCCGAUGCCGGCACUGGCGCUGAGCGAGACAAGCGAUCGCGUAGAGCGUAAUGUGCGGAUGCCCAUGACAAACAACGACGAGGAAGAGCUGGACGAGGACGAGGAGGAGUCGGAGGAGAUGCCUGACUCACAGGAGGCUACCAGCAGCUAUGAGGAUGAAACGCAGGAGGGGCAUGGACGCAGCGGUGCCGCUGACGAAUCCCUCGACUACGAUCAUUUUAAUUUCCCCAAAUUGUUGAUAAUUCAUCUAUUGAGUAUGCUCUGGAUGCAGAGAAGCUUCACCCUCUGCGAUUAAUUUAAAAACGGACCACAAGCUAUAGUUCCUGAACUCUUAGAUAUAAGAUUUACAAUUGUACAUACUUUUAAACUUACUCGUAACACAUAAAAGUUGAUCUAUAUGCUUAGAUUGUUUAG